ACCGCGGCGCCGCCUCCGCCCGACCUCCGCUUCCCGGCAGGCCCUUCAUCGGCGCCGCUCUAGCUCGGCGCUCUGUGGUCGCCGCCCCGCGUUGCCUGGGUGACGGCGGGGACAAGAUGGCGUCGGCCGUGCGGGCCGGGCCGCGGCUGAGGCGGGCGGCGGAGGGCCGGGAGCUGGCGGCGCUGCCCCGCGGGCUGCGAGACGAGCUGCGGGCGGCGCUGGCCUCCGACGGCGCGUUGGUGCCCUUCAGCCUGCUGCGGAGCCUGCACGCCGCGCUGCGGGACGCAGGGUCCCCGCUGCGCUUACACCAGCUGCUGGAGGGCAGCGAGAUCCACCUGCCCGAGGUGCCGGAGCCGCCGCGGAACCCGGAGCUGGAGGCGCGGCUGGCGCGGAUCAGGGCCCGGCUGGCCAACGAGGAGUACCGGCGGAUGACCCGCGGCACCAGCGGCCGGGAGACGAAUGGGUCGUUGGCUGAAUUCGGGAGGCAAGUUCGCUCCGUCAGAGCCGUGGUCAUCACCAUCUUCAACUUCCUGGUGACGGUGGCGGCCGCCUUCGCCUGCACGUACCUGGGCAGCCAGUACGUGUUCGCAGAGACCGCGGCGGUGAGUGAGCCCCGGCUCCGGCGCGCCCCGAGCUGGCCCCACACACGGGGGGUCACUUUGUUCUCUCUCUGCGUCCCCAGCGUGUCCUCUCUGCGGUCAUCGUGGCCUCCGUGGUCGGCCUGGCCGAGCUGUACGUGAUGGUGCGGACCCUGGAAGGGGACCUUGGGAAGCUCUGACCCCUGCGAGCUCCAGCCCUGCCUUGGAGUCGGGCAGUUGGGGCAGGUUUAUCUUCUACCCUCUGACUGACCUGCUCCUGCCCCCCGCAAAGACUGCUGCAUCCCUCAUUCCUGGAUCAUGGAAUAACAAUCCCGCAGCUGCAGGACAGAGGAGGGGACAGUGGACUCUCGCCACCCAGCACAGGGAGGGGUGUUGGCCACCACCAUCCCCCUUCUCCUGCUGCCUGCUGUCCUUUUAUCAUGGAAAUAAAUAACUGUGUGUUUGUAACCUC